AAAUGGCAUCCAGACAGGUGGACUAAGAAUCCCACGGUUGCCGGGGAAGCCAAGAAGCGUUUUCAGCAAAUCCAAGAGGCUUAUUCCGUUUUGUCUGAUAAGGGGAAGCGAUCAAUGUACGAUGCCGGCUUAUACGAUCCGUUCGAAGAAGAGGACGAAGGAUUUUCUGAUUUCAUGCAAGAGAUGCUAUCAAUGAUGGACAAUGUGAGACCUGAGGAGGACAGUUUUGAAGAUCUUCAGAAGAUGUUCGCGGAGAUGGCCGGAGGGGAUGGAGUGAAAUAUGAUGUUGAAACGGAUCGGACGGGUGGGAAGAGGACACGUGUGACGACCUCUAAGGGAAACGCUACGAAACGGAAUUCAUCCCGUGUGGGCGUGUCUAUUUCCUGAUUGAAGAAAGUGACGGUUCUUGACGCCGUUAGUCCUUUCACCUUCUGUAUGUUAACUCUUCUCUUUUCCUUUGAACCCAUAACCAGGAAGAAGAAAGAGUUGUCAAAAUUAAAAUUGAUGGGAGGUGGUGGAGGUUGUUGGUUGUGUUUUUUAGGUUUUGAUUUAGUUCUAGGUUUACUUGUGGCUGCUGGGAAUACCAAAGUCAUUGUUCUAAGGGUUGUUUUUUACGCCCUAAUCAUUGAAAUGAAAUUCCCUUUUGUCUCUCUUGUGAUAAAA